GAACUGUAAAUUAAUCUUCCGAACUGCUACCCUACUUUUCAUCCUCCUAACUCGAGCGAUUGCCAGAGCUCAGCUCCACACCGCAACGGCGACUAUUGGAGCGCCGCCAUAAGCGAAUUACAGGUCUAAGGGCUUCCGAGGAAAUGCGGGAUAAUAUGGAAAUAGGAGGCGGCGGGUAUGCUCCGCAGAAGCAACUAGAGGAUUGCACUGUUGCUAAUGCACUUGGUACAUGGUUUUUUUCAGUUGCAGGGGCUUUGAUUGCAAUUCCAGUGGGAAUAAGAAAGAAAUCUCUGGCACCUCUGGUCUUCUUUGGCACCACAGGCACAAUGCUUGACAUUAUCAUGGGUAUAAGCCAGUGUGAGAGGGAGCAUGCAGAAAGGCAGAUGAAGCUCAUGGAAGAAAAAAAGCUUGCCAGCAGUUCUGUUGAGACAUUAGAGGGGGCUGAUUCAUAGAAAAUCUUCUCUGUACAAAUGUUUGUUGAAUAUUAUUUUAUCAUAUUGGUUUUAUGAACAACUCUUGUUUGAAAACAUGGAAAUAAUGCAUGUGGUUUUCAACAAGUCUUUUUC